AUGCAAGGAAUUCACCAACACCAACACCUCGCUGCACUCGUCUCCGCGGCCCUCCCAAAGGAUGAUUCCGACGACGACCCCUCUCCUCGCCUCGCCGCGAUCCACUCCCUCCACCGCGCCAUCCUACAUCCUCACAACUCCCUCCUCCUCUCUCACUCCGCCACUUUCCUCACCCAGGCCUUGUCCCAACUCCUCUCUGACAAAUGCUACGAGGUGCGCCAGGCCGCGGUCACAGCCUACGGCGCGCUCUGUGCCGUCGUCGCUUCAAUCCCUGUCGCUGCUCCAAUCCCCGUCGCCUCCAAUGGCAGACAGAACCUCCUCAUGCUCGUCGACCGCUUCAUCGGCUGGGCGUUGCCGUCACUCAACACCGCAGUCGCUGUUGACGGCACAAAGGAACUCGCGCUCGAAGGCCUCCGCGAGUUCCUCAACGUCGGUGGAACUGACAGGUAUGCUUUGCCUAUUCUGAAAGCGUGUCAGGUGUUGCUUGAGGAUGAGAGAACCUCUCUGGCUCUGUUGCAUAGGCUUAUUGGUGUUAUUACUUUGAUAUCGUUGAAGUUUUUGAGGUGCUUUCAGCCUCAUUUCCCUGACAUUGUUGACUUGCUUCUCGGUUGGGCGUUGGUGCCGGAUUUAGCUCAAUCGGAUAGGCGUGUUAUUUUGGAUAGCUUCUUGCAGUUUCAGAAGCAUUGGGUUGGUAAUCUUCCCAUGUCCUUGAGAUUACUAACUAAGUUCUUGGGGGACAUGGAGGUUUUGCUUCAUGAUGGAACGCCGGGCACGCCGCAGCAGUUUCGGCGGCUUCUCGCUCUGCUUUCUUGUUUUUCCACUAUUUUGCAGUCGACUGCCUCGGGGUUACUGGAGAUGAACCUGCUUGAAAAGAUAUAUGAGCCGCUUAGCACCCUGCUGCCAAGAUUGCUGCGGUGUUUGUCUAUGAUUGGGCAGAAAUUUGGGUGGUCUGAGUGGAUUGAGGAUUCUUGGAAGUGUUUGACUCUUUUGGCUGAGAUUUUACGGGAGCGAUUCUCAAGUUUUUAUCCUCUUGCUGUUGAUAUCUUGUUUCAGAGCUUGGAGUUUGGAGUGACGUUGCAGCGGCCAGGGUUUAGGAAAAUUAGCUCCUUCCAAGUUCACGGGGUUUUGAAGACUAAUCUUCAGUUGUUGUCGUUGCAAAAGCUUGGCCUCCUUCCAUUGUCCGUGAAGAAGUUGUUGAAGUUUGAUGCAUGGAUCUCUCAGCUGCGGUUGCAUCCAAAUCAUUUGGUAACAGGGAGCUCUGCAGCUACUUAUGUUUUCUUGCUUCAGCAUGGGAAUACCGAAGUUGUUGAUGAAGCAGUAGCCUUGUUGAUUGAGGAACUGGAGCUUUUGAAGAGUUUAAUAGGAAACAACACUGGUCACUCAGAUGAGUUCAAUUGUGUUGUAGAUACUAAAACAUUUUCAAAAGCUGAAUUAUUGGCGUUAAUCAAGUUUGAUUUGAAAGUUUUAUUGGCGUGCAUUUCCACGGGCGGGGAUAACAGUUUAAUUGGGCAAAAGGAUGUUGCUUCCUUGUAUCUUAGGAGGUCAGAAAAGUUGGUGUCCUUUAUAACAAAAGAGAUGAAUCCUUUUGAAUUACCUAUCCAGGCUUUCAUGGAGUUGCAGAUCACUGUUGUCAAGACACUGGAGAGGCUAAAUUCAGUUGAGUUCUUAAUUAAGUGUUCUGUGAGAGAACAAAAUUGUGAGAACUCUUAUGUCGAGUGUCCAACUAAAAAGGAGGACAGUGAUGAUCAAUUCAGUGAUUGGAAUUUGGCUGUAAUUACUGAGCAUUUGGGGAAGUAUAGCAAGUUACUUGUAAAAGCCUUUCAUGUUUCUUCUCCUCUGGCAAUUAAAUUGGUUGCUCUAGAUUGGGGACAAAAGUUCUGUGAGAGUGUAAUGGUUGUUAAUAAGAUCUCAAGCUUGAUUGGUUUUUCCUAUGGAGCAUGCGAGUAUGCUGGUGUAAUUAUGAACUUAGUUUUUUCACUUUUAGGUGGUACAUUUGAGAAGGAACAGGAAGUAAGGUCACAUGUUGCAAUAACUUUGGAGAUGUUUAUGCAAGCAAAACUUUUGCAUCCUGUGUGUUUUUAUCCCUUAGCUGAAGUCAUACUGGAGAAACUUGGGGAUCCAAAUAUAGAAAUUCGGGAUGCAUAUGUGAGACUUCUUGCCCAUAUAUUGCCUACUACUGUAUAUACAUGUGGUCUCUAUGAUUAUGGAAGAUUUAGGCCUGUGGACCCUGUGUUAGGCAACAGUUCUAAGAUGCACUGGAAACAAUUAUUUGCCUUGAAGCAGUUGCCACUGCAACUUCACUCCCAACAUCUGGUAUCGAUCUUAAGUUACAUUUCACAAAGAUGGAAGGUACCUCUUUCUUCUUGGAUCCAGCGGCUCAUUCAUAGUUGCCAGAGUUCAAAGGAUGCUAUUUUAAGUCUGCCUGAAGAUACAGGAGUUUUUGGUGCUAAUUCUCCAUGGUUGGAUAUAAGAGUGGAUGAAGACUUACUUGAAAAAAUCUGUUCUGUCAACAAUUUAGCUGGUGCCUGGUGGGCUAUACAAGAAGGAGCCCGGUAUUGUAUUGCUACAAGACUGCGGACUAACCUUGGUGGCCCGACCCAAACAUUUGCUGCUCUAGAACGUAUGCUUUUGGACAUUGCACACCUUUUACAACUUGAUAAUGAGCAAAGCGAUGGGAACUUGAGUAUGAUAGGGUCUUCUGGUGCUCACUUGCUACCAAUGAGAUUAUUGUUGAAUUUUGUGGAGGCUCUGAAGAAAAAUGUAUAUAAUGCAUACGAGGGGUCUGUCAUAUUACCACCUGCCACUCGUCAAAGUACUUUAUUUUUUCGGGCAAACAAAAAAGUAUGUGAGGAUUGGUUUUCUCGUAUUUGCGAGCCAAUGAUGAAUGCUGGAUUGGCUGUACAUUGCAAUGAUGCUGUUAUUCAAUAUUGUACACUGCGUUUGCAGGAGCUAAAGAAUCUUUCUGUGUCAGUUUUGAAGGAAAAAUCUAGGGCUCAGGUAACUGAUAACCUUCACAAUAUUAGAGUAAGGUGUAGAGGAGAUGUCUUAAAAGUUUUAAGACAUGUUUCACUGGCUCUUUGUAAGAGUUCUGAUUCAGAAUCUUUGAUUGGCCUGCAAAAAUGGGUUUCCAUUUCCUUCUCCUCCUUACUCGGGGACGAAAACCAGUCCUUCAAUGAGGGUGGAACUGUUGGAACCCUUUCUUGGAUAAAUGGGCUUAUAUAUCAGGCAAGAGGUGAGUAUGAAAAUGCUGCAGCUCACUUUACACACUUGCUACAGGCCGAAGAGUCACUCAGCUCCCUCGGCUCUGAUGGUAUACAGUUUGUCAUAGCACGCAUAAUUGAGAGUUAUGUGGCUGUAUCUGAUUGGAGAUCUCUUGAAACCUGGCUAUUAGAGUUGCAACUGCUUCGUGCUAAACAUACUGGUAGAAGUUAUUCUGGUGCUCUGACAAUUGCUGGCAAUGAAAUUAAUGCAAUUCAUGCAUUAGCACGUUUUGAUGAGGGUGAUUAUCAGGCUGCAUGGUCAAGCCUUGAUUUGACACCUAAAAGCAACAGUGAGCUUACCCUUGAUCCAAAAUUAGCCUUGCAACGGAGUGAGCAGAUGCUUCUGCAAUCAUUGCUCUUCCAGAAAGAGGAAAAAAGUGAUAAGGUACUACAUUAUCUGCAGAAAGCAAGGUCAAUGUUGGAGGAACCACUUUCCGUUUUGCCACUUGAUGGCUUGGCUGAAGCAUCACCUCUUGCGAUUCAGUUGCACUGCAUUUUUCUUGUAGAAGAGAAUUGCAAGCUUAAAACAACUCAUGAGAAAGCCAAACAGCUACCAUCAGUACUAUAUUCUCUUAAAUCACUGCCAUCUUCCAUUAGUAAAAUCUGUCAAGAUUGUAAUCCAUGGCUGAAAGUUCUUCGGGUUUAUCAAACCAUUUCCCCAUGUUCUCUAGUUACUCUAAAGUUCUGCAUGAAUUUGCAUAAUUUAGCCCGCAAGCAAAAUAAUCUUUUGUUGGCAAAUCGUCUGAAUGACUACAUCAAAGAUCAUGUAUCUGCUUGCCCUGAGGAGAGGCAUCGCAAUCUUCUGGUCUUAAACUUGCAGUAUGAGAGCAUUUUACUACAGUACGCUGAAAACAAGUUUGAAGAGGCUUUCACAAACCUUUGGUCAUAUUUGCGUCCUUGCAUGGUUUCUUCAACAUCUAGCAUAUCUGAUGCUGAAGAGAGGAUUCUGAAGGCCAAAGCAUGCUUGAAACUUGCAGAUUGGCUGACACGAGAUUAUUCAGACUGGAGUCCAGAGAGUAUUGUUCUCAAGAUGCCAGCAGAUUUUAAUUUGGCUGAAUCAACUCCACUUGGCAAAGAUGGCAGUGAAGAAAAUAUAAGUUGUAAAUUGAAUUUGGGUUCUAUUAUUGAGGAAAUUGUUGGUACAACAGCAAAAUUGUCUUCUUGUAUUUGCCCCACCAUGGGCAAGUCAUGGAUUUCUUAUGCUUCUUGGUGCUUUAAGCAAGCCAGAGACUCACUCCUUGUUCAGAGUGAAACUAUCCUCCAUUCAUGCUCAUUUUCUUCCAUACUUGUACCAGAAAUUUUACCUGAGAGAUUCAAGUUGACUAAGGACGAGGUGCAAAGAAUUAAGUUAUUGGUUCUGUGUCUUUUACAGGACAAUAUUGAUAAGAAAGGUUUCACAAAUGAACUGGAAGAGCAAAGCUCUUGGCUUGAUUCUGCGGAGCACUCAAGUAAUGACAGUUCUCUGCAGACAUUGGUUUGGAAUAUAGUGAAUAUAAUAGAAACUGCCUCAGGAGCAUUGGGCGCAGAAAUCUCUGGUGGUGGUGAAUGUCUUUCAGACAUGGUAUCUUCUCAAUUGAGGAUUUGUUUGUUAAGCACAAAUUUUGGGCUGGGAGAAUCUGACAUAAAAUCUAUAUUGGAUGAUUUUGUUAAUAUUUGGUGGUCUUUGAGGAGGAGGAGAGUGUCCCUGUUUGGACAUGCUGCUCAUGGUUACAUACAGUAUCUUUCUUAUUCUUCUUCCCGUAUUUGCCAUAGUCAGGUGCCUGGUUCUGAAUAUGAGGCUUUGAAGCAAAAAACUGGCAGCUACACCCUGAAGGCCACAUUAUAUAUAUUGCAUAUACUUCUCAAUUAUGGUGUAGAAUUGAAAGAUACUCUUGAAUAUGCACUUCUUGGUGUUCCUUUGUUGCCAUGGCAGGAGGUUACACCUCAACUGUUUGCACGUAUAAGUUCACAUCCUGAACAAGUGAUUCGAAAGCAGUUGGAGGGCUUACUAACCAUGCUGGCGAAGCGAUCUCCCUAUUCUAUAGUAUACCCAACACUAGUUGAUGUUAAUGCAUAUGAAGAGAAACCUUCAGAAGAGCUUCAUCAUGUGCUGGGUUGUCUGAGAGAACUGUACCCCCGAUUGGUUCAGGAUGUUCAGCUGAUGAUAAAUGAACUUGGAAAUGUUACUGUACUUUGGGAGGAGUUAUGGCUGAGUACUCUUCAGGAUCUUCACACAGAUGUGAUGAGACGGAUAAAUGUGCUGAAAGAAGAGGCUGCAAGAAUUUCAGAAAAUGUCACACUUAGUCAGAAUGAGAAGAACAAGAUAAAUUCUGCCCGAUAUUCUGCAAUGAUGGCUCCAAUAGUUGUGGCUUUGGAGCGUCGAUUAGCUUCGACAUCUCGGAAACCUGAGACUCCUCAUGAAGCUUGGUUCCAGGAAGAGUAUAAAGACCUACUGAAAUCUGCCAUAGUAUCCUUUAAAAUUCCUCCGACAUCUUCUGCAGCUAUUGGUGAUGUGUGGCGACCUUUUGAUAGUAUUGCUGCAUCCUUGGCCUCUUAUCAGAGGAAGUCUUCAGUUUCCUUGGGAGAAGUUGCACCAAAUUUAGCUUUGUUAUCAUCUUCAGAUGUUCCAAUGCCAGGUCUUGAGAAACAAAUGCAAGUAUCUGACUCUAACAAAGCAACUGAUCUCCAAGGGGUUGUCACAAUUGCUUCUUUUCAUGAGCAAGUCACCAUAUUAUCAACAAAGACAAAGCCUAAGAAACUAGGUAUACUUGGUUCAGAUGGUCAGAAAUACACAUAUCUCCUCAAAGGACGAGAAGAUUUGCGCCUUGAUGCUAGAAUCAUGCAAUUAUUGCAAGCUAUAAAUGGUUUUCUGCAUUCUUCAUCUUCUGCUUGUAGCAAUUCCCUUAGCAUUCGCUAUUAUUCUGUGACUCCAAUCAGUGGUCGGGCUGGCCUAAUCCAGUGGGUGGGCAAUGUAGUGAGUAUUUACAGUGUAUUUAAAUCUUGGCAAACUCGUGUCCAACUUUCACAGUUUUUGGCAUUGGGCUCCACAAAUACAAAAUCCUCAGCUCCUCCACCUGUUCCCCGUCCCAGUGAUAUGUUUUAUGGGAAGAUCAUACCUGCACUUAAAGAGAAAGGCAUUAAGAGGGUGAUUUCCCGGAGGGACUGGCCUCAUGAAGUCAAAUGUAAAGUUCUUCUUGAUCUCAUGAAGGAGGUGCCUAGGCAUCUUCUUUACCAGGAGCUAUGGUGUGCUAGUGAAGGAUAUAAAGCUUUCAGCUCAAAAAUGAAGAGGUAUUCGGGAAGUGUUGCUGCAAUGAGUAUGGUUGGUCAUGUUUUGGGACUGGGCGACAGACAUUUAGACAACAUUCUUAUAGAUUUUUGUAAUGGGGAUAUUGUACAUAUUGAUUACAAUGUGUGUUUUGACAAGGGACAAAGGCUAAAAAUUCCAGAGAUUGUUCCUUUCCGUUUGACCCAAAUGAUUGAAGCAGCUUUAGGGCUGACUGGAAUAGAGGGUAGCUUCAGAUCAAACUGUGAGACAGUUAUUGGUGUUCUAAGGAAGAACAAAGACAUACUUUUGAUGUUAUUGGAAGUAUUUGUUUGGGAUCCACUUGUGGAGUGGACACGUGGUGAUUUUCAUGAUGAAGCUGCAAUUGGUGGUGAAGAAAGAAGAGGCAUGGAGUUGGCUGUCAGCUUGAGUCUAUUCGCGUCUCGAGUACAAGAAAUUCGGGUUCCCUUACAGGAACACCAUGAUCAAUUAUUGACUAGCCUGCCAGCUGUUGAAUCAGCACUUGAGAGGUUUGGUGACGUUCUAAACAAAUAUGAGCUUACCUCAACUCUGUACUGUCGAGCUGAGCAGGAGAGGUCUAGCCUUAUAUUGCAUGAGACUUCUGCAAAGUCGAUUCUUGCUGAAGCAACCAGUAAUUCAGAAAAAAUUCGAGCCUCUUUUGACAUUCAGGCUCGGGAAUUUGCCCAAGCUAAGGCUAUGGUUGCUGAGAAAGCUCAGGAGGCAAUGACUUGGGCUGAGCAGCAUGGGAGGAUUCUUGAUGCUUUACGGUGCAAUUUAAUCCCAGAAAUAAGUGCUUCUUUUAAGCUGAAUAACAUGGAAGCAGUCUUAUCUCUUACAUCUGCAGUCAUUGUAGCAGGGGUUCCACUAACUGUUGUUCCUGAGCCAACACAAGCACAGUGCCAUGAUAUAGAUAGGGAAGUUUCUCAAUUCAUAGCUGAGUUGGGUGAUGGAAUAACUUCUGCCACAACAUCUUUGCAAGCAUACUCCUUGGCUCUGCAAAGAAUUCUACCAUUAAAUUACCUUUCAACCAGUGCAGUGCAUAACUGGGCACAAGUUCUACAACUAUCUAUCAACGCCCUGUCAUCAGACAUUCUCUCUCUUGCCAGAAGGCAGGCUUCUGAACUUAUUGCAAAAUUUCAUGUUGAUAACAGUGAUACUAUCAAAUGCAGUCAUGAUGAUCUAUGUUUCAGAGUGGAGAAGUAUGCAGUUGAAAUAGAAAAAUUAGAAAAAGAGUGUGCUGAAAUAGAGAGUUCUAUUGGCUCCGAAUCAGAAUCAAAAACUAAGGAUCGUCUUUUAUAUGCUUUUAUGAAAUUCAUGCAGUCCAUUGGUCUUUUAAGGAAGGAAGUUGGUUUGUCUUCUGUUCCAUCUAAAUAUGAUGAGACGAACAAUCCUAGACCUUUAGGCAAGCUAGAAGAGGAGAGGGAGAAGGCAUUAUCGAUUCUGAAUAUUGCUGUGAGUUCAUUUUACAAUGAGGUUAAAAACAGAAUACUAAAUAUAUAUAAUGAUAUAUCGGUAGGAAGAAAUCAAUACAAUAUGUUGCAGAAUGAUUCUGGAACUAUUUUUGCUGAGUUUGAAGAACAAGUAGAAAAAUGUAAUCUUGUGACAGAAUUUGUUCAUGAUCUAUGCGAAUAUAUUGGGAAGGACAUCCCUUCUGUUGAUAUUAACAAAGUUUGUACGAAGAUUUCUUCUGAAUGUAAUUGGGUUUCCAUUUUCAGAAUCAUUUUGAUUUCCUGUAAGGGAUUGGUUAGUCAAAUGACAGAAGUUGUUCUGCCAAAUGUAAUACGAGCGGCUGUUUCAUUAAAUUCAGAGGUUAUGGAUGCAUUUGGAUUGAUCUCACAAGUUCGAGGGUCUAUAGAAACUGCACUGGAGCAGCUUGUGGAUGUUGAAAUGGAGAGAGCAUCACUGAUUGAACUUGAACAGAAUUAUUUUUUUAAGGUUGGUCUUAUUACUGAGCAACAGCUGGCCCUUGAAGAAGCUGCAGUUAAGGGCAGAGAUCAUCUUUCAUGGGAAGAGGCUGAGGAACUUGCAUCCCAAGAGGAAGCUUGUAGAGCACAACUGGACCAACUUCAUCAAACUUGGAAUCAAAGGGAUGUAAGGACUUCUUCUCUUAUUAAGAGAGAAACUGACAUUAAAAAUGCCCUGGUUUCUGUGAAUUGUCAAUUUCAAUCUCUCGUUGGUGUGGAAGAAGAAAGAGAGCUACACAUUAUGAGAAGCAAAGCACUAUUGGCUUCACUUGUUAAGCCUUUCUUGGAUUUGGAAUCCAUUGAUAUUAUGCUGUCUUCUGCUGAUGGUUCAGUUGCCAUGCCCUCAAGUCAAUUUCAUACUCUGACAGAUUUUAUAAACUCUGGGAAUUCUAUAUCUGAAUAUGUCUGGAAAGUUGGAGGUCUAUUGGAUAACCAUUCCUUCUUUAUUUGGAAAAUAGGCGUCAUAGAUUCUUUUCUUGAUGCAUGCAUACAUGAUGUAGCUUCAUCAGUUGAGCAAAAUCUAGGCUUUGACCAAUCAUUCAAUUUUAUGAAGAAAAAGCUUGAAAUCCAACUUCAGAAACACAUUGGUCAGUAUUUGAAAGAAAGAGUUGCUCCUAGUUUACUGACUUGUUUAGAUAAAGAAAAUGAGUACUUGAAGCAACUUACAGAGUCAUCAAAGGAACUUGCUUUAGACCAGGUGAAAAAGGAUGGGGCUGUGAAAAAGGUUUUAUUUAUGCUUGAAGAAUAUUGUAAUGCACAUGAAACUGCUAGAGCAGCAAAAUCAACUGCUUCUCUCAUGAAAAAACAAGUCAAUGAGUUGAAGGAAGCUCUUCGAAAAACUGCCCUUGAGGUAGUUCAGAUGGAAUGGAUGCAUGAUGUUAGUUUGAACCCAACAUAUAACAGAAGAAUCAGAUUUGAGAAGCAUCUAGAUACUGAUGACAGCUUGUAUACAAUCAUUUUAAAUCUCAGCCGACCUAAAUUACUGGACAAUGUACAAUCUGCUGUGUCAAAAAUCACGACAUCAAUGGAUUGUCUUCAGUCUUGUGAGCAAAAUUCUCUUAUAGCUGAAGGACAGCUUGAGAGAGCAAUGGCUUGGGCUUGUGGGGGUCCCAAUUCCAGUAAUUCCGGAAAUACUUCAACAAAAAAUUCAGGAAUUCCUACUGAGUUCCAUGACCAUAUUAAGACUCGGAGGCAGAUUUUAUGGGAGUCUAGAGAAAAGGCAUCUGACAUUGUGAAGUUGUGUGUAUCAGUGUUAGAGUUUGAAGCAUCAAGAGAUGGGUAUUUGCUUAUACCAGACCAACCGUAUCCCUUCAGGAGUAGUGUUGAUGGCAAGACAUGGCAGCAAGUGUACAUGAAUGCACUAACAAGAUUAGAUGUUACUUUCCAUUCUUAUACACGUACUGAACAAGAGUGGAAGCUUGCACAAUGCACUGUUGAUGCUGCUUCCAAUGGAUUAUAUACUGCAACCAAUGAGCUCUGCAUUGCCUCCCUAAAAGCAAAGUCAGCUUCAGGUGAUUUACAAAACACAGUUCUUUCAAUGAGGGAUUGUGCAUAUGAGGCUAGUGUUGCACUGUCUGCUUUUGCUCGGGUUUCAAGGAUCCAUACUGCUCUAACUUCAGAAAGUGGUUCUAUGCUUGAAGAGGUUUUAGCAAUAACUGAAGAUAUACAUGAUGUUUACAGUUUGGGGAAAGAGGCAGCUGCUAUCCAUCUUUCUCUUAUGGAAGGCCUUUCAAAGGCAAAUGCCAUCCUGUUUCCUCUUGAAUCGGUGCUGUCUAAGGAUGUAACUGCCAUGGCUGAUGCAAUAGAUAGGGAAAGUGAGACCAAGAAGGAAAUAUCAAACAUCCAUGGACAAGCUAUAUAUCAAUCAUAUUGUUUAAGAAUCAGGGAGGCUUGUCAGACCUUUAAGCCCUUGGUACCCUCUUUGAUGUUAGCUGUGAAGGGACUUUAUUCAUUGUUGACUAGGCUAGCAAGAACUGCUAAUGUCCAUGCCGGCAAUCUGCAUAAAGCGCUUGAAGGAAUAGGAGAAAGUCAAGAAGUAAAAUUAGCGGAUACUACUUUGUCAAGAUCAGAUGUUGGGGGUGGUGAUGCUGUUGAAUUUGACGGUAAAGAAGGGGAGAGUCUCUCUAGGUCUGAAGAUGAUAAAACUGAUGAUUUUAGAGUCUUUUCUCGCCUUUGUUUAGAAGACAAGGGAUGGGUAUCACCACCAGAUAGCAUCUGCUUUACUAGCUCCGGAUCUGACAUUACAUCAGCCGAAGUUAGUCUUCCUGAUAGCUUGAUCAAUGCGACAGGAAAUAAAAACCUGCUUUCACAGGGGUCUAGUAGCAGAAACCCCACAGGUCAUAUGCAUACUGCUCUAUUGUCUCAAACUGAAGUGGAAGAAAUCUUACCUUUUGGGUUGUCACAAUCUUCUCCUGUAGAAACUGAUCCUAAUGGUGCUGGUUCUGUGAAGUCAAUUAAUGAGGCCACUGAACAUCCCGAAGCUAUAGCUUUACCAGACGAUAAAGCUAUUGCCAUCCCUGCUAACUCCCAAAAUUCAACAAAUGAGAGCUUGGGCAAAUUUGAUUCAGCAGAUGAACACCUUUCUUCAAAAGAAGUUAAAAAUGCUGCAGAACAUCGAGAUGCUCGUGAUCCUAACAUAAAUGCCAAUACUCGUGUCGGAAGGGGUAAAAAUGCUUAUGCCUUGUCAGUAUUGAGGCGGGUGGAGAUGAAAAUUGAUGGUCGAGAUAUCUCUGAAAGCAGAGAAAUUGAUAUUGCAGAGCAAGUAGAUUAUCUACUAAAGCAAGCUACUAGUGUAGAUAAUCUAUGCAACAUCCUUGCUGGGUUGACCAUGGUGAGGAAUAGGUUCAUAGGCCAGAUAUUAUUUCCUGGUGAUACAGGAAGCCUCCAGAACAAGUUUUUUCAGAUUUUGUCCAGGCAGGGUUACUAUUUUCCACCUUACAUGUGGGCUUGCAUUUACUAUGCCAUUGCCAUGACAUCCCACAGUGAAGUCCUAGGCUCAAAGCUGGUCGCGUCGGAGAUGAAAAAGGAUUACCAUGUUUUCCUUCCUGGUUUAAAAAAGUGUAGUCAUGAUAUUGCACCACUGAUGUCUCCAGGAGGAAUUGCAGAUAUCCUGAAACAGUGUGCUUUUGGCUUUUGCUGUAAAUUCGGAAGAUCUCAAGUCAUGUCUGCACUGGUGGAUAUAUGGACAGGGGAACUGUCCAAACUAAGGGAAAAGGAUCAAACCAUUUACUCUGCUUCUGCCAUUCAACAUGAAUCUGCCCAAUCCUUCCAGGAAAAGGACAAGACCUCAUCAGGGUUGGCUCAGCUUGCUGCACAACUCAAGCAAGUUAACAAGCCUAGGUUGCUCUUUUCGGAGGCUUCACUUUCCAUGCUUCUUCAAUUUCAUGACGCUUGUGAUGAUUUCAGCUAUGAAUACUCUUUUGCUGAGGAAUACAAAGGCCCUCCUCUCUGCUACUCCGUCCCAGAAGUUCCUCCUUUCAACCUUGACAAAGUCCCACUUGCACGUGUUGCUCAUUCUCCUUCUAACAACUUGUCCCUCCCAAUUAUCCAACCCUUUAGAAAAACCAAUGCAAAAUUGGCUUCAAGAGCUGCUUCUGUUUCUUCCGACCCACUUUCAUGCAAAGAAGAGGAUCAUGAUGAUGAUGACGACCCAGUUAGCCCAAAACAUGUUAAACGGCCCUCCGUGGUGACUUUUCGUGAUCCUGAGAUAAAUGAAAUAGUGGCUGAUGAAGAGUUUGUUCAAUCUGCAAGUGGAGAAAGUAAUAGUGACAACGGUAAUAGCAAUAGUAAUCGUGUGAGGCCGCACGUUGAGAGAGGUGGGAAGAGGGGUACGUGCUAUCGAUGCCUCAAGGGGAGUCGUCUAACUAAGAGGGAGGUUUGCAUUGUUUGCAGUGCAAAGUUUUGUCGCAAUUGUGUGCGUAGAGUAAUGGGGUCCAUGUCUGAAGGCAGAAAAUGUGUCACUUGUAUUGGUUGCAGAAUUGAUGAGAACAAGCGAGGGAAGCUAGGGAAACCUUCUAGGAUGCUCAAGCACUUCUUGUCUUCGUGGGAAGUGAAACAAAUCAUGAAGGAUGAGAUGUUUUGUAAAGCAAAUCAAAUACCAGCAGAAGAUGUUCGUGUGAAUGGAGAACCUCUUGAUUGGGAUCAGCUCACGCUGCUUUUGACCUGUUCAAACCCCCCAAAAGGAUUGAAACCGGGUUUCUAUUGGUAUGAUAAAGCAUCUGGCUUUUGGGGAAAGGAAGGUCAACGGCCAAGUCAAAUUAUUAGUCCACAGUUGGAGGUUGGGGGUCACUUGCAGAGAAAUGCAAGCAAUGGAAAGACAGAAGUAACUAUAAAUGGUCGAGAGAUUACUAAAGAAGAGCUAUGGAUACUGAAGUUGGCAAGAGUUCCAUGUAAUGAAACAACCGACUAUUGGGUGACUCCUGAUGGAUCAUACAUGGAAGUGGGACAGAGGAAUGUCAAGGGGCAUAUAUGGGAGAAGUCUACAGUGAAGCUAGCUUCUCUAAUUCUGUCCCUGCCAGUUCCUUCUAGCUCCUUGACUCCUGCUGGCGAAGGCAAAAGUGGAAUUAGCAAACACAACAUUCAACAGAAAACUCUUCACAAAUUUUUACUUGUUGGUUCUGUCAAUUCUGGAACAUGUACCAUGUAUAAACAGGCCAAGCUUCUGUAUAAUGUUCCUUUCUCUCCAAUCGAGCUCCAAAACAUCAAGCUGGUUAUCCAAAGCAACCUGUAUAGGUACCUUGGUAUCCUACUGGAGGCGCGAGAAAUUUUUGAAGAGAGUUUGUAUAAAAAAAGUAACGGACAACAUGUUGAUGAAUCAACUUCUUCUGGGAUUACUGAAGAAAUUAUUGACACGACAACCUAUUCCAUUAGUCCAAGACUACGAACUUUCUCUGAAUGGCUACUCAAAUACAUGAUGUCAGGCAACUUCGAUGUAAUAUUUCCAGCUGCUGCCCGUGAAUAUGCGCCAAUGGUGGAGGAACUGUGGAAGGAUACAGCCAUUCAGGCCACAUACAACAGGAGAAAUGAAAUAAAAAAUCUACCAAAAAAUGCAAGUUAUUUUCUUGAUCGGGCUGUUGAAAUUUCUGGGAUAGAUUAUGAACCCUUGGACAUGGAUAUUUUGUAUGCUGAGGGGAUGACAUUAUCCAAUGGCCUUUCUUCUAUGGAAUUUUCAUUUACUUUGUCAGGUCAUGAGGACUCAUUGGACCCUGUGUAUCAACAUGAUCCCUCACUCAGGUACCAGCUCAACAGAGUACAUCCAAAAAGCCUUGGAGAAAACUGCAAGUGGUUGAACAUGUUUGAAGACACUGAUGUAAUCUUAUUCUCAGUGGCCUUAACUGACUAUGAUGAGUACAUGGUUGACAGUAAUGGAGUUGCUACCAACAAAAUGUUAGCAGCCAAACAUCUCUUUGAAAACAUCGUCACUCAUAGAGUCUUCAGCAACAAGAAAUUUCUUCUAAUAUUGACCAAGUUUGAUCUGCUUCAGGAAAAGAUUGAACAGGUUCCUCUAACACAAUGUGAAUGGUUUUGUGACUUCCAUCCAGUUAUUAGCCACAACCAUAAAACCGCAAGUAUUAGUAAACGUAGCAAUCAUCCUCCACUUGCUCAACGUGCUUUUCAAUACAUUGGUAUGAAGUUCAAGAGAUUGUACAAUUCUCUAACUGGUCGAAAGCUGUUUGUUUCACUGGUUAAUGGGUUGGAACCUGGUACUGUUGAUGAAGCUCUUAGAUAUGCCAGAGAGGUUAUGGUGUGGGAAAAAUGGGACCCCUCUUCGAGAAAUGAGAAGUCUGAGAUAACAUCCACAACUUUUGAGGCUAGCUCUGAUGAAAAAUAUAGUAACUAUCACCUCUCCUAG